AUGCAACCGAGAACCUUCACCCUCAACUUCAUCGGCGACGUGAUGCUGGGCCGUCUAAUCGACCAACUCCUCCCUCCACCCGCAACCACGAAAACACACAACCCCAACGCUACAACAGACCCAGAUACCUUCAAAAAAGCAUCAAACUUCAUCGCAUCCUAUCCAGCUCUGAAAUCCUACUCUUACAGCUCACCAUGGGGUACGACACUCCCCCUACUCCAACGGGGUUCAGAAAUGAACCUAAACCUCCUCAACCUCGAAACAGCCGUAACAGAUUCCUCGACACGAUGGCCCGAUAAAGCGUUUAAUUUCAGGAUGCACCCUGUUAACAUUCCCGUUUUGCUUGAGGGAGGGGCGGAUUAUGUGAAUCUCGCAAAUAAUCAUGUGCUUGAUUUUGGGGUUACGGGGCUUAGGGAUACACUGAGGGCUGUGGGGAGUGUUGGGGUGGAGUAUUCUGGUGUUGCGAUUGAGAAGGGUCAAGAGGUUCUUCCGGCUGUUUUGCAUUUGCCUAGGUCUGCUGCUGCUGAUGGGAAGGAUGGGCAUACAGUACAUGUGUACUCUGCGUCGGAUCAUCCGAGGGAAUGGGGGAGUGUCUCUGGUGUUGGAUUCCAUUUGAUCGAUUACUCUGCUUCGACGAGGAAGCGGUUGAGGACGCUUCUUAGCCCUAACCACACCACAACCAGCGAUACCAGCGAUACCAACAACAAAACAGAAAAACCAGCACUCCGAAUCUUCUCAAUCCACUGGGGCCCAAAUUACACAUGGCACCCCCACGGGGAAAUCAAAUCCCUAGCCCACUUCCUCGUGGACGAAUGCGGAAUUGACAUCGUCCACGGCCACUCGGCGCAUCAUGUUCAGGGCGUCGAGGCGAGGAACGGUAAAUUGAUCCUUUAUGGCUGCGGGGAUUUUGUCGAUGAUUAUCGGCUGAAUAGGGAGUUUAGGAAUGAUCUUUCUGCUGUUUGGAGGGUUUCUGUUAGAGAAUCUCCGGGGGGAGUAGCAGGGGCUGGAGACCAGUUGAAACUGGAUAAAUUGGAAAUUUUCCCGACAAGGGUUCAGGGGUUUAGUGCUAUUUUACUUGGGAAAGAGGAUAAGGAUCAUAAAUGGGUGAGGGAGAAGGUGACUGAAUUAAGUCGAGAGAUGGAGACAGUUGUUCGGGGUGAACUUGGGGAUGAAGGGCAGCUUAUUGUUGAUUUAUAA